AUGGCUGGUCUCAAGUUCCUGCCGUUGGUCACCGCCUCCAUAUUCUUGCUGGGCACCAACAAGGCAAACACGUCUAGCAAUGGCGCAACAGGCUACGAGGCCAAGCGGGUGGACUGCUCCGCGGCAAUGAACGCGGCCCGCAAUCUCGUCGGCUUCGCCGACCUCACAGUGGGACAGGCAGCUAACGAUAGGCUUCCAAUAGAUGAAGCUACCGCCAAAACAGCCGUAACCGGAACUGCGUACGUGAACUCAGUGUGCACGGCGCUGAAGGCUGUAAGUCGUGACACUAAAUUUCUCAACGAUUGGCUUCCUUGA